AUGGCUAUCGCCAUCUGGAAUACCCGAGAUGUCAUCUCGCUGUUCCAGCAAUAUGGCACCGCCUUACUAGCCGCAACCUUCAGCGCUUGGUUUUGUUAUAUGAUAUCCCUCGUCAUCUACCGCUUAUACCUAAGUCCCUUGGCUAAAUUCCCCGGUCCGAAGCUUGCCGCGCUCACAUCAUGGUAUGAAAUCUACUAUAACAUCUUCAAGAAGGGUGGCGGGCAGUAUAUCUUCAAGAUCAAGCAGAUGCAUGAGAAAUAUGGUCCUAUCGUACGGAUAAACCCGUUUGAGCUCCAUGUGGACGACCCAGCAUACUUCGAUGUCGUAUACGCGACAAACAAGCAGUUCGACAAGGUCGAGAUGUUUGCCCGUAGCAUCGGCGCACCGCUCGCUGCUUUCGGAACCAUCGAAGCCGGCAAGCAUCGUCAACGCCGUGGUGCCAUGGCCGCCUUCUAUAGUCGUGCCAGAUCACGGGACCACGGCCACCGAGUCCAGAUGGUUGUCGAUCGUAUCUCUCGUCGUUUCUCUACUGAAUAUGCUGUGGCUUUUGCUCGACCCAAGCUAUUUACCGAUGCCCCUGACUUCAAGAGUUCCUUGGCGAUAGGGCUGUCGGAUCUGCUAUACACUAGUCACACUUUCAUGCAUUUUAGCACUAUACAAUACUUGGUAUCCGCAUUACCGGGAUGGCUUGUUAAGACGAUUGUGCCGCCAAUCAAGUCUGUCGUCGAAGCUCAGGAGGAAAUUGGAAGCCAAGUAGCCGAUAUGGUCGGAGGCCGAAACGCCGAAGCAAAGGAGUCUCCUCUCCCUACCCUUUACCGCGACAUUCUCACAUCUCGAUUACCACCUGAGGAGUUAACCUACCAAAGACUACGUGAUGAGGCUAUUUCUACCAUUGCCGCCGGAAUUGAUACUACCAAGUGGUCCUUGAGCGUUGCCUGCUAUCACAUCCUAGCCAACCCUGAGGUUGAGCGACGCCUCCGAGCUGAGCUCAAGAGAGAAUCCCUGACCCCAAUCAAAUUCCCGAUUGGUCUCCGUCUAGCCUGUGCCGUCAGCGAGCGCAUGCCACGCAUCAACAAGACCGCCGCCUGGACGUACCGCGACUACGUGAUCCCGCCCGGGGUGCCGGUAGGCAUGGACAUCUGGACGAUGCACCACAACACGGUGUUAUUCCCGGAUCCCUACACCUUCAAGCCGGAGCGGUGGCUCGGGGACCCGAAGGUGGAGCCGGAGCUGCUCGAAAAAGCAGGCUACCUGCCUCCUCUCGACGGCAAGACCAAGCCGCUCACCCACUACAUGGUCGGCUUCGGCAAGGGCACCCGCAUGUGCGUCGGCAUGUACCUCGCCUACGCGGAGAUCUACAUCGGCCUCGCGACUAUCUUCCGUCGGCACGAGUUGGAGCUGUACGAGACCUCGCGCAAGGACGUCGAUAUCGCGUGCGAGAUGAUCCUCUCGCUGCCGUGGAAGGGGACGAAGGGUAUUCGGGUUAGGGUCAAGAAAUGA